AUGAAUAGAGGUAAGAAAAGAGGUAAUAGUAAUAAUAAUAAUGAUACUGAUAAUAAUAAUAUAGAUAAAUUGAAACAAUCAAGAAAGGAUAAUCAACAAAAUAUCAAUGGCAUUGGCUCUGGUUUAGAUAUUGAAUUACAUCCAUUACUUCGAAAUAUAACUACAACACAAGCAAAAAUAGUGCCCAAGUACCAUAAUCCGGUAACUAAUCAAUCUGGUAAAAAAUGGUUUGAUCCUACUUUAUUUAAUCCAUAUAUUGAUCAAUCAACAAUUAAUAAACCACCACGCGCAUCUCAUAAAUCAAGGGCAUUAAAAUUUAAUAAACAAGGUAAAUAUAUUGCAAAAGGUGAUAAAUUAAGAGAACAAUUGAAAAUUGAACAAGAAGAACAACAAGAAUUUCAAAAAUUACAAGCUCAAGGUUUAAUUCCUAAUAAAAAUAUAGGUGAAGAUCUAUAUAAAAUUCAAUAUCCUCCAUUAAUUGAAUGGUGGGAUAGACCAUAUUUAAGAGAUAAUAAUUAUAGUAAUAUCCAAGAUGAAUCUAGAUUAGUAUUAGAUAAUGAUGACCAACCAAUAACUUCAUAUAUUCAACAUCCAAUUUUAUUACCACCUAUAUGGGAUCAUUUCAAUCAAAUAGAUACAAAAAUAUACCUAACUAAAAAAGAACGUAAAAGAAUAAGAAGAAAUGAUAGACAAAUAAGACAUAAAGAAAAACAAGAUAGAAUAAAAUUAGGAUUUGAACCCCCACCACCUCCAAAAGUUAAAUUAUCAAAUUUAAUGAAUGUUUUAACUAAUGAAGCAAUUAAAGAUCCAACUGCAGUUGAAAAUAGAGUUAAAAAGGAAGUACAACGAAGGUUGGAUAAACAUCUAGCUGAAAAUGAAGCUAGAAAAUUAACAAAAGAACAGAAACAUGAAAAAAUAAUAUCAAAACAAGAGAAAGAUUUAUCAAAGGGACUUCAUUCAGUAGCUUAUAAAGUGAAUGAUGUAUCGAAUCCACAACAUUUAUUUAAAAUAAAUAUGAAUGCUAAACAAUUGGGACUAUAUGGAAUAUUAUUGAAAAAUCCAAAAUUUAAUAUUAUUAUAGUUGAAGGUGGUGAAAAGUCAAUAAAUCAAUAUAAGAAAUUAUUGCUUAAUAGAAUUAAGUGGACUGAUUCAAUUCAAUCAGAUAUUAAUUUAUCUAAUAAUAAAUGUCAAAUUAUAUGGGAAGGUCAAUUAAAUGAAACAAAUUUUCAAAAAUGGUCAAUUAUGUAUUCUAGAAAUGAUGAAGAAGCAUUGAAAGUAUUAAAGAGAUUUAAACUAGAGAAUUAUUGGAGUCUAUGUAACUCAAUUGAAUAA